AUGGCGGAGAAGAUCGCAGCCCGGCGCCGCUACCGCCCAAUCGGCCGCAUGUACACGCUCCUCCGCUGCAUCGAGGCCCUUGCCACGCUCAUACUCCUCUCAUGGUCCUCCGUCCGCCUCCCUGCCGCCUUAAAGCUCGCCCUCGACCUCUCGGUCCGCCUCCUCACUCUCCUCCGCGGUCACCGCUUCGUCUUCUUCCUUGGAAACGCUAUCGUCCUCACCCUCCUCGCCCUUUCCGGCCGUCAUUCCACCUCCAGCUCCUGCGGGAGCGACGUCUACGAUCAGUUCCUCGCGCGCAAAAGCAGGGCGCCGCCGGUGGUGGCGGAAGUACUGCCAGAGAAGACGGAGGAGAUUAUAUCUAUAUCUCCCGCGGACGUGGAAAAAAAAGAAAAGAAAACGUGCCGGAGGACCAGGUCGGGGAAGAUGGAGCGUCGCCUGACUAAGCCGGAUCUCCGACGAUCUGCAUCAGCGAUCUCCGGUGGGGAGGCGACGGCUGCAAAGGGGUAUAACGAAGAGGCUGACGAAUUCCGGCGGAUGGUAGAGUCGUUUAUCGCAACGCAGCAGAAAAGGUUUCACCGCGAGGAAUCCAUGGCCGUAUUUGUCUCCAACGAAGAACAAACACAGGCUUCCCUUGUACCUUGUUCCUGA